UUGAAAAUUAUUAUUAUGAUUUGUCGAGUUUUGCCGUCUUUUCCUUUUUCUCUCUCAGACCUUUCUGAAUCUGUUAAUCAAUCCUUCUCCGUUAAGUUUCUCUUUCCACCGUCGUUCUUAUUAUCCCCUCUUCCCCCUUCCUUCUUCUCAUUCUCAACCUCAAUAAGGUUCCAAGACUAUUCCGAUUCCUCGAAGAAGAAAGAGAACAUAAAAAACCUAAAUCGAAAGAUCUCAUGGCGGAAGAACACCGAUGCGAGACUCCGGAAGGUCACCGUCUCUGCGCCAACAACUGCGGCUUCUUCGGUAGCUCCGCUACCAUGAACCUCUGCUCCAAAUGCUACGGUGCGAUCCGUUUGAAGGAGCAGGACGACGUGUCGACCAAAUCCACCAUCGAAACCGCGCUUUCUUCCUCCGCGAAGACGCCGCUGUCCACGGCGCCACCGGCGGCGAUUGAUGUCCUUCUCGAAGCAUCGCCCCCGCCUUCGCUCCCGGCAGAAGCUGCGGUCGCGGUUCCGGUUCAGGUCGCGGUGGUGACGAGCUCUACAUCCUCGGGUUCAGCGCAACCGAACCGGUGCGCCGCGUGUCGGAAGCGUGUGGGGUUGACUGGGUUCAAGUGCAGGUGCGGAGUCACGUUUUGCGGGACCCACAGGUAUCCGGAGAAGCACGCGUGCGGGUUCGACUUUAAGACGGUGGGGCGAGAGGAGAUUGCUCGGGCUAACCCCGUGAUCAAAGCAGAGAAGCUGCGGAGGAUAUGAUUCGAUCUCAUCCGUCCGAUGGGACCGGAGUUUGGUGAUUUGAUAAGAACCGUCCACGUGUACUGCGAGCGAUGGAGAGAGAGAUGUCGUUAUGUAUAAUGUUAUGAAUAUGAUGAUGAUGAUGAUCUGUCUUCUAAAUUAAGAUAAAACUUAAAAA